AUGGGCCCCGCUUUCUACCUGCUCGCAAUUGUGUUCAUCGUGGGCCUUUUCUGGGCCAAACCAUCGAGGCUCCCCCCCGGUCCCCGGGGCCUGCCGAUCGUGGGAAAUAUACACCAAAUAUCCAGGAGAUACUCAUGGAAGCAAUUCCAGGAAUGGCAUAAAAUUUAUGGGCCGGUAAUCUCCCUUCGGCUCGGACAACUGACAUUCAUCCUACUUGGCAAUCACGAAGUUACCAAAGAGCUGCUCGACCGCCGAAGCGGAGUAUACAGCUCUCGCCCCCGACUGGCCGUCGCAGGGGAAUGCCUUGGGAAGGAUUUUGGGGCCUCGCUACUCCCAUACGGUCCGCGCUGGAGGCAGUUUCGUAAGAUACAGAUGUCGCUUUUAAACUCUCGCAAGUGCCAUCUCUACUCGUCACUGCAAGAGCUCGAGAGCCGCCACCUCCUAUAUAACCUCUUAUCGACGAACGACUUCGAGCCGGAGCUAUAUCGCUGCUCCUCAAGUCUGAUAUUCACGCUUCUCUAUGGCAGGCGAUUUCAAACCGGAGAGGAGACGGAUCUCAAGCAGACCGAGCAUCUAGCAACGUCUGCCCUUCAAGCCGUCUCGUUCGGCAACUGGCUGGUCGACAUAUUCCCGAUCUUGAAUUGGUUGCCGAAGUUUUUCGCAAAAUGGAAACGAGUGGGUGACGACCUCCACAACCGCAGGGCAGAACUAUACGGGAAGAAUGCCGCGAACGCGCUGAAUAUGCCCUGUUGGAACUGGACCAAGCAAAGCAUUCUGCGUGACGCACAUCCAGUUUCCCACAAGGAACUAGUGUUUUUGCUUGGGGAAGUAUAUGAAACCGCGAGCCACACAACAGCAGGUGCCCUUAUUGUUGCGAUCUUGGCAUGCGUUACGUACCCGUCGGCCGUGCUUCGUGUCCAGGACGAGCUUGACAAACAUGUUGGCAGGGAUCGGCUGCCAAACUUAGCCGACAUUUCGAAUCUUCCUUAUACCCAAUCAUUCAUUCAAGAGGUCCUCCGAUGGCGGCCUCUUGCCCCUGGCGGGAUCCCUCACUCCCCAAUCCGUGACGACAACUACCGAGGCUUCUUCAUUCCAAAGGGUGCUAUCGUCAAUGCCAGUCAUUGGUGCCUUGAAAUGGACGAGGAAAUAUUCCACAGUCCAGAAGAAUUCAUUCCAGAAAGGUGGAUGGACAAUGAUGACCUUCCUACCGCUGGGUUUGGAUUCGGUAGAAGAAUCUGCCCCGGUCAGCACCUAGCAAGAAAUACUCUUCUACUAAUAGUAUCUCGAUUGCUCUGGGCCUUCGAUGUUAAAUGGAAAGAGAGACAAGAGGCCAAACUCGACUCUCUGGAAAUGACGCACGAGGGCAUCUUCUCUAAGCCCUGCUCAUUUGAAGCGACGGGCACCGUCGCCGCUGCCCUAGCCGCCCCCGCUACCUUUACCGCCGCCGCUGCUACUACUACCGGCACCGGCGCCGCCGCCGCCGCCGCUAUCCUUAACGCCGCCGCCGUCGCCGCUUAG